AUGAUUGAAACACAAGCUGGAGACGUAUCGGCCUAUAUCCCCACCAAUGUGAUCUCCAUUACAGAUGGACAAAUUUGUUUGGAAACAGAGAUCUUUUAUCGCGGAAUUAGGCCAGCUAUUAACGUUGGCUUAUCCAUCAGUUGCGUUGGGUCUGCCGCUCAGUUGAAAGCUAUGAAACAAGUCUGCGGUAGUUCAAAACUGGAAUUGGCACAAUAUCGUGAAGUGGACGCCUUCGCUCAAUUUGGGUCAGACCUUGAUGCUGCGACUCAGGCAUUACUCAAUAGAGGUGCAAGUCUUACAGAAGUGCCCAAACAACCACAAUAUGAACCACUUCCAAUUGAAAAACAAAUUAAUUUCUCAAUAUGA